CAAUAUACGUGUACUCUAUCCCAUUGUCUUGACAUUCAAAGCAAUUCGCUAUCUUACGUUGCACGAAUCUUCGAAAAUAUGGCGGCGUCGGUGUUGAAGGUUGCACGUCUCUCAAAGUGUGUUCGUCACACUUGUUCUCCAAUGCUGAGGGCAAUUUCAAACUCAACACCACUCUGCCAAGGUAUUCCAGGAUCUGUAUGGAAACUGGGAAGGCUAAAUCACAUCGCUAUAGCUGUGCCAGACAUGGAGAAAGCCACUGCUCUUUACAGAGAUGUACUGGGGGCUCAGGUCAGCGAUAAAGUUCCCCUUCCUGAGCAUGGAGUCUACACUGUCUUUGUGGAGCUGGGUAACACAAAGCUGGAACUGCUGCACCCACUCGGGGAGAAGAGCCCCAUUGCAGGCUUCCUACAGAAGAACAAAUCUGGUGGGAUGCACCAUAUCUGUAUUGAGGUUGAUGAUAUCAAUGCAGCGAUAGUGGAUCUGAAGGCUAGGAACAUUAGAACCCUGUCAGCUAAAACACGGAUAGGCGCUCAUGGGAAACCUGUCAUGUUCCUCCACCCAAAAGACUGUGAUGGUGUACUUGUGGAACUGGAGCAAGCUUGAAUACCCACAGGUCUCAUAAACUCUGUAGUUCACAAUUAGCCGGUUUGAAAAUUGAUUUAUUAUUGCACUUUUUCCACCAGUAAUAAUGAUAGCAAAGAUUAAAAAAAAAAUGUCAUGUAUAAUA